AUGCAGGUUUCUGGGGACCCAGAUCCUACCUCACAGACCUUUCAUGAUGCCCAGACACAGUGGUCAGACCCAACAAUGGAUGACCACACCUACACCAAAGCACCUACCAUCACAUGUGGUAUGACAACUGCCCCAUCCACUGAGAGGACACUGUCUGUUGCAGAUGUCGUUUUGAAAGACGAUACAGACUGUCUGCUGUACACAGGGAUUCCACUUCUCGAAUUCAAAACCCUUGUGUCUUGCUUGCAACGCUUUGCCCCCACAUCACCAGCAUUUUCAGCAGAGGACCAAAUCCUCUUGACAUUAAUGAAGCUUAGACAGAACUUUGUUAUUGCCGAUUUACCUAGACGCUUCAAAAUGUCACCUGGUCAGAUCAGUAAAACACUGACAUUCUGGAUAGAUGUGAUUGCUGAGCACACCCAGGAUCUCAUUCCAUGGCUGCCGCUCGAAACAAUAAAAGCCACUUUGCCGCAAAUUUUUAAGGACAAUUUCCCCAACACAACUUGUGUCAUUGACUGCACAGAAAGUGUCUUGCAGAAGGCUAAAAAUCUGGACUCAAGAACUGAAUCUUAUAGUCACUACUAUGCAAACAAUACUGUCAAGUAUCUAGUAGCAAUUGCUCCAUCUGGUAUGGUUGUGUACAUUUCAGAGGCUUACGGUGGCAAAUGUAGCGAUAGAUUCAUCACACAGAACUCUGGGUUUCUCGACCAUUUGCGUGCUGGAGAUGAGGUGAUGGGCGACCGUGGCUUCACCAUCAGAGAUCUGCUAGAGGAACGGCAUGUUCGUUUGAUCAUGCCAGCUUUUACGCGCAAGAAAUGCCAGCUGACAAAUGAGCAGGUCACUCGCACAAGACGCAUUGCUAAUGUCCGCAUACACAUUGAGCGAGCAAUCAGACGUCUUAAGGUGUACAAGAUCCUCUCUCAAACUGUGCCUAUUCAUUUUGUCCCUAAAAUCGACAGAAUACUAAAAAUCUGUGCAGCACUCGUAAAUCUGCGAGGAGAGCUUAUUACUAGAACAUAG